GCUGCGCCCACAGGGGACCGAGGGACGCCUGUGUGGUUAUGGCCAUGCCGUCUGUCACGCCCCGAUGACACUGCUGCGUGGUGUGAGGGCCUAAGCACAAAAUACCUGUGCUCAGAAUUUUGCAAGUGACCAGCCACUUUCACAAGCGGUGUUUCUUUUCAGCUGAGGGUAUUAAGAUCUAAAACGACGCACCUGGCAGCUGAUCCCCACAGUGGAGGGGCACCUGAGGUUUCGGAUUCCGAGUUAAUCCUGGCACUUCAUGCUAAUGUGGCUUUUCUCUCAGUGUCCUCUUCUAUAAAAGGGUGCUGGCAGUUAGGGCCAGGAUUGUUCUGUAGGACAGGAAAAGAAUAUAUGCCACAGCCUCUAAAGAGCCAUAUGGUCGUGUGGGAUGGUUAAGGGUAUCACUGGCUAACCGGCUUCUGUCCUCAGUAAGUUCCUCUUGCCCUUUUAGCCAAACUGACCUCUCCCCUCUGGGCUAAGACAGUGACUUGAGUGAGUCUCCAAGAUCAGCAAAAAUUAUGGGCUACAGAGACACUGCUGAGAUUAAGGAAAUGGGUUUCCAUAGGUUUGAAGUUGGGAGAGCAAACAGAUCAGGGGCCAGUCCCCCAGCAGCUUUUUUGUUUUUUGUUUUUUUUAAGGGAUUUAACCAUUUCCAGUGGUUAGACCCGCUCAGAGAGGAGUUUAGUGUACUGGGUGCUGCCCUUUUGCUUAUGAGUUUGUUUCAUCUGUGUAACAAUGCUACACAGUAGAUACAUUAUUAUCUGCUUUAAAGAGGAGGAAAUCAGGGCACAGAGAAGGAAGUGAGAUGCCCAAGGCCACACAGCAAGUACGUGGCAGAGCUGGGGUUCAAAACCAAGCAGUCUGGGUGCAGCACUUAAAUGAAGAGCCUCUGGUCCUACCCCCUAAGGACCUCCUUUCUCAGGGUCCAGGAGAGAGGAAGACAGACGAGUUGACAGAAACUUGGGCUGGGCUGCAGCUCUGUGGGUGAUGGGGUGGCAGGCAUGUGCAUCUGCGAGAAGGGCUUUCUGAGGACGUGGCAUUUGAAGAACAAAUGGGUGCUCACCAGGCAGAGGGGAUAGUAAGCAAAGGCCUGGACGCACCGAGCGAGGCAGGAAGGACCUCUGGGCAUCAGCUUUGUCCCCUCUCUCUGCCCAGCUCCGAGGUGACACAUGUGGUGAUGGAACAGACCUCAGCAGAGGAGGCCAGCUGCUGGCAGGAGCGCAGGACGGUGGCGGCCUCUCUCCGAGGAUGCACCCACCCAGAGCUGCUGGACAUAAGCUGGUUCACAGAAAGCAUGGCAGCUGGGCAGCCCGUGCCUGUGGAGCGCCGGCACCGCCUGGAGGUGGCUGUGCCCGGGAAAGGACUGCCCAGCCCAGUGAGGAUGCCACCCUAUGCCUGCCAGCGCCCCACACCCCUCACACACCACAACACCAGCCUCUCGGAGGCUCUGGAGGUGCUGGCGGAGGCUGCAGCCUUUAAGGGCAGCGAGGGCCGCUUCCUCUCCUUCCGCAGAGCCGCCGCGGUGCUCAAGGCCCUUCCGAGCCGGGUCACAGCCCUGAGCCAGCUGCAGGGGUUGCCGCACUUCGGAGAACACUCCUGCAGGGUCGUCCAGGAGCUGUUGGAACACGGGGUGUGUGAGGAGGUGGAGAGGGUCCGGCUGUCAGAGCGGUACCAGACCAUGAAGCUUUUCACCGGGAUCUUCGGGGUUGGGGUAAAGACUGCUGACCGGUGGUACCAGGAUGGGCUGCGGACCCUGGACAGCCUCCAAGGGCAGCCCCAGAGGUUGACCCAGCAGCAGAGAGCAGGUGAGCCUCCGAGAAGGACGGGGCCCGGGCCCCCCACACCGUGGAGCCCGCAGCACUGACACACGGCAUGUGCCGGGGGGCUGCCUUGACGGCAGGGAUGGGGUCAGUGCACGGAGGUCCCGGGGGCAGGCAGGCCCCUCUGUUUGGUGGAGUGGAGUCUGGACCUGCUGCAGCCCUUUCGCAUUGAACAGUGGUGGUCACGGUGGCUGCUGUGACGUUCACACCUCCCAGCUGGACCAGGAAGGGGAGGCUGUGUCUCAACGGCCCUGCGCACAGCUUGCCAGCAUGGGGCUGGGGUCCUGGUGCGCUGGCGGAUGGCAUGGGGACCUG